AUGCUUAAACUCGCACUUUUCCUAGCACUUUUCACUACUGUAGUCGCGUGGAAUCGGCAAAACCAUUUCGGCAAUCCAUGCUACCUUUGCUCUUGUUUCACAGUCUACACUGAUCGAGAUGUGGCAGUUCCAUUGAGACCGUAUGCCAUGGCAAUUGAUGGAUAUGAUACCACUGAGGAUAGAUGCCUUGCCACCUGCCAAAGAGAUAAGAGAUGCCGAGCUGCUGUAUAUGGAAUGGUCGGUGGCCGCAGUGUGUUCACUUGCGAAUUCUAUGAGAGAUUCAACACAAAAAGUGCUCCAGUCUAUACAACUUACGUCAAUAUGUACAUGAAACGAUCCAGUGAAUGCCAGCUUUCUAUUUCCCACUUAUCAUCUGUUGAAAUGAUCCCAGCGGACAACUCUUCGUUGAAACGACGCGCAAAAUUGGAGAAACUGAUUGGGAGAAAGAAUCCAUUUCUAGGAUAA